GGGAGGGGACCGUGGAUGCGUGUGCAGGAGGCAGAAGCUUUUGACUGCCUCCCUCUACAGAGAGCCGGCUUCAAUGGCCGCCUAGACUAGGGAGCUCAGCAUAUCGGUUUGGCUUGCUGGAGACCGGGCUGCCGGGUGAUCUCUGGAGCUUUGCUACUAUUCAGAUUACCUGCACCGGGACGCAAGAGGUGCUGCUACUGCCAUGGUCUUAUUUGCUUUUUUUAAAAAAGAUGCUAGGAACAGCCCUCCCCUCCUGUCACCGGCCCUCUUGAUGUUCUGCUUUGAUCUCCCCUUUCCCCUGAGAUUGGCUAGUAGCGGACAGCCUUGUGGCUCAGGAUUGGCCAUCUGGAGUGCCACUUACAACGGGAGGAUCAGCGCUUCAAGCAAAGAGAUGGGCUGCAAACUCAAAAGCGAAGCAAUGAGAAACUGGGAUUUGUGCGCGGAUCACGCGGCCAGCCGAAGAAAUCUUGCGUGCCCGGCAGGGCGAAGGAGGCACUUCGGACUGGGUUUCUCUUUGUAGCAGUUUCCCCUUCUUGCUCUGCCCUUGUCGAAGCAAAGCCAUCACCAGGUGUAAUAAGCUUUUUUCUUUUUGCAAAGUGCCUACUCAGCUGAACUGAAUCUUACUGCGCAUCCCUCUAAAUCCAUUCUCCUGAUCAGGUUCCCGAACUAUAGAACAACAAAGAAAACGUGUACAUGUGGCAUUUUGUAAUUAUGUUUCUCCAAUUUGUAUAAGAUGCAUUGUUGCUUCAACUAAUUUUUACAGGCGGGUACUCUACACAUGCUUAUGCACAUGUCACGAUCCAUCCGUUUGCUUCUUACAACGAUAUUAAGUGCUGCGAGACUUCCUCCGUAUCCACCCCGCCCCAACAGUAGUAUCGCUCACUGAUGUCCAAAGCUAUCCAUCACUAGAUCUGCGCUUCUACUCUUCAUGUAUACGGUACAUAAUCAAAACCGUUUCAUGAGGAGUUGUUACUUGACACACACACCCCUUGGAGACCUUAACGAAGAUGUUAAGAAAAUGGCUUUAAGGGUAGACGUCCACUCCCUUCCUCACCCCGCCGCUAAAUUCAAUUAAUGGAGCGAUGCUCCUAAUCUGUGUUUGCUUUAUAUAAACUAGAGUACUAUAGUUAUCUAAAAACAUAACAAACCUCAAACCAAACUCACUCACAACAUCAGAACACUGCCUGCGUGCACACCAUUAGGCUGCAGUCUUAUGCACAAUUAUUUGGAAGGCUCCAUGAGCUCAUUGGAAGAAAGGAAGGAUAUAAAUGCAAAACUAAAAAAAAUAAAAUAAAAUGAACACCGUGGGCCUUUAUUAGGCUCCUGGCCCUUUUCCAUACAACGGUGGCGGUGGGGAAGACACUUCUUCUUUUCCAGUGCUAAGCUGAAGGUUUAGAUCUUAAGAAAUAUUGCACAGAGCAGAACUUACUUCCGAGUAAACUUGGAAAGACUGGGCUACCCGAUUCCACAAUAUAUCUUAUCUUUCUUGAAUCGUUUUCUACUAAUAAUGACUGUUUCAGUCGAAUUGUUGUGACGGGCUCCUUGUCUUUUUCGCUCCGCUGUUACCUCUAGAUAAGGAUGCUUUUAGGAGGUGGGCUUUUGGCUCUUGAGGCGGAACUUUAUUCUGACAUCGUUGUUAGUUGGUACAGCUGGUUUGCAUGUAGCCCUAACCGGAAGUUCACGGCUUCUUAAUUUCGUAAUUUAUUUAAGAGUAUCGUCUUCUGCUUUAGAAAAAGAAACACAGUUCUUUGAUGCCUUUGUCACUUUACAGGUUAUUGCAAGAUGAAUGAAUUACCUGAGUGCUCUACAAGGACAAGAGGGCAUGAGAAGUCUCCUGUUGACAUUUUGCUAUAUAAGCAAUGAUGAAAUUGGAGUGCUCUGUACUGAUGAUAUAUAUUUUUAAACCAGACUGCUACUGAUAAAGACUUGUAGUAUACUGUGGUAGCCUAGAAACAGAGAGCCUGCUCUCAUCUUUGGAAAUUGUAAUCUUCAGGAGCUAUGAAAGUUCUCAUCAGCCCAUUGAACAGGAAGCUUUUGAGUUGGUUUCCUCAUUGUGGACAUCUUGGAAUGAAUCCUGCCAAAGGCUUCAUCCUAAAUUCCUGUCGCAGACUGCUAAAGCAGUAUUCCUCUUAUAAAGCAGGUCUGGUUACAGCUGCUGAUUUAGUCAGCUACUGGCAAGAUGUGUUUGAGGUGAACGAGAUCCCCGAAGCACAGGCAUCUUCUGAAUAUAUUGUAUCCCAUGUCCUGGGAGCAAAAACAUUUCAGAGCUUAAGUGCCAGCAGCAUCUCUACUCCCCUUUCUACGAAGCAACAGGAACAGAUCCAGCAGCUGUGUGCAAAACGACUACAAAGGAUGCCAGUGCAGUAUGUUCUUGGUGAGUGGGAUUUCCAGGAUCUGACACUCAAGAUGAAACCCCCGGUCUUCAUUCCUCGACCAGAGACAGAGGAAUUGGUUUCCCUUAUUGUGGAUGAAGAAUGCAAGAAGGGAUUGGCCUCAGCAAAUGGCACGGAUUCCCGGUUGUCCCCAGAAACCUGUGGUCCUGUGAUCCUGGAGGUUGGCUGUGGCUCAGGAGCAGUUGCUCUGAGUCUUCUGAAAAAGUUGCCUCAAAGCAGAGUCAUCGCCAUGGAUAAAUUACAAGCUGCUGUGAAUCUUACCAAUGAAAAUGCUAAAAGGUUACAUCUGCAGGACAGGAUAAAGAUUCUUCACCAUGAUGUGUCUUCAAGUUCUUGGAAAUGCCUACAGCCCUGGGGUCUGGUAGACACUAUAAUCAGUAAUCCACCUUAUGUUUUCCAUGAAGACAUGAGUCAGUUGGCAGCUGAAAUCCUCAGAUAUGAGGACCUUGGUGCUCUGGAUGGAGGAAAUGAUGGGAUGAGUGUAAUCAAAGAAAUUUUGAAUCUGGCUUCACGCAUCCUCAGGGAUUCUGGAACAUAUCAUACAGAAAGCGGGAUUGGACCAAGAUGAAGGAGGUGUGAAAAUUGGAAGAAAAAAUAUCAAUAAUUUAAGAUACACAGAUGAUACCAUACUACUGAAACAAAUGCUGAUUAAAGAAGGCACCAGUAAGUCAUUGCCUGCCUAAAAGACAGGCUGCAGUCCAUUAAGUUUAGUGGGACUUACUUCUGAGCAGAUGUGCAAAGAAUUGCCCUCUUGGGACUGCUUGAUCAGGUAUGACACCAGAAUAAAAACAAAAGUGUAUGGGUUAUGGGAAACAGCUAUCUUGUGCUACUGUCAACUAUUUCAAACUAUUUUGUCUUCUCUCAUUGUCUAUAUCUGUUCCCUGAUUAUUUGGAGAAAUCAGUAUCCUAAAAACAUAAGAAGAACCUGCGGGAUCAGGCCAAUGGCCCAACUAGUCCAGCAUCCUGUUCUCAUAGUGGUGACCAAUUGCCUGUAUCGGCUUGGAUCAUGAAAGGAAAACAACAUUUAAAAGCAAACUGAAACACCAGUAUCUGUGUAGCACAUAUGCCGAUUACAGCAAAGGCUUUGAUUGUGUAGAUCAUGAAAAACUAUGGAAUGCUUUAAAAGAAAUGGGGAUGUCACAACAUCUGAUUCUCCUGAUGCGCAACCUAUACUCUUGACAAGAGGCUACUGUAAGGAAAGAAUAUGGAGAAACCAAUUGGUUCCCAAUCAGAAAGGGUGUGAGACAGGGGUGUGUUUUAUCACCCUAUUUGCUUAAUCUAUAUGCAGAACAUAUACGGAAAGCGGGAUUGGACCAAGAUGAAGGAGGUGUGAAAACUGGAGGGAGAAAUAUCAAUAAUUUAAGAUAUGCAGACGAUACCAUACUACUAGCAGAAACCAGUAAUGAUUUGAAAUGAAUGCGGAUGAAAGUUAAAGGGGUAAGCACAAAAGCAGGAUUACAGCUGAACAUCAGAAGACUAAAGUAAUGACAACAGAAGAUUUAUGUAAAUUUAAAGUUGAGAAUGAGGACAUUGAAUUUGUCAAGGAUUAUCAAUACCUCGGCAUGGUCAUUAACCAAAAUGGAGACAAUAGUCAAGAAAUCAGAAGAAGGCUAGGACUGGGGAGGGCAGCUAUGAGAGAACUAGAAAAGGUCCUCAAAUGCAAAGAUGUAUCACUGAACACUAAAGUCAGGAUCAUUCAGACCAUGGUAUUCCAGAUCUCUAUGUAUGGAUGUGAAAGUUGGACCGUGAAAAAGUAGAUAAGAGAAAAAUCAGCUCAUUUGAAAUGUGGUGUUGGAAGAGAGCUUUGCAGAUAUCAUGGACUGGAGAAAAGAAAAAUAAUUGAGUGUUAGAACAAAUUAAACCAGAACUGUCACUAGAAGCUAAAGUGAUGACACUGACGUUAUCAUACUCUGGACACAUGAGAAGACAUGACUCACCAGAACAGACAAUAACUCUGGGAAAAACAGAAGGGAGUAGUAAAAGAGGAAGGUCAAAGAAGAGAUGGAUUGAUUCCAUAAAGGAAGCCACAGACCUGAAGUUACAAGAUCUGAACAGGGUGGUUUAUAACUAAUGCUAUUGGUAGUUGUUGAUUCAUAGGGUCGCCAUAAGUUGUAAUCGACUUUAAGGCAUCUGGCACACACACACACACACACACACACACAUAUCAAUGGUUAUUGUAUUUUCAAUGUGAGGUGAUGGGUUUUCCCUGUUUUCCUACAUUCUUUCUUUGUUAAUUUCGGUAUUAAAAAAAACUCAUAAAAGCUCAUAAACACAUUAAAAAUUAGCAAAAAAUCAACAAAAUAGCUGUAAAUAAAAGUAAAAGACAGCACUAAAAGCACUAAGACAGAAAUACAAAAUAUGACAGUGAUUAAUGGUAUUUGCCUAGCACCUAAAGAACGUUAAUGUAGACACCAGGUGAGCCUUCCUAGAGAGAGAGCUCCACAAGUGGGGUGCAACACCCUCUCGCAUAUUGCUAACCUCC